UUAACAUCUGUGCGUAAGGUGCUCAUGAAGUCAUGCUCCCCAAAAAUCUUUGUGAUUGACAAAGCUUGGUUAUUCCAAUAGGAAAAGAAUGACGUAUUGUAUAGAUGAUCAAUAGGGUCGUAGACAAAACGACCAAAAAACCCCAAAACGGCCCUGGCAUAAUCGUUGUCUGCAAACUAGCGGCCAUAAAAAAGGUCAAAACGGCCAAUUAAAUGUACCACCAUGGAUGGGUGUGUUAUAAUGUCCAAGAAUGUGAAUUGUGGUUUCAUGAUGAAAUAUUGAAAGAUGACUGUCUGGCAAAAUGGAUCUUCUUGGAUGUGGGUUCAAUGGCUUUAAUCAAUUAGAAGAUGUAACAGAUAGUCAAAAAAGAUUACCAGACUUUACUAAAGCAAAAAGGGUUUUACCAAUCAAAUUAAAUCUCCCUAAAUCUGAAUGUUCAGAUCUAGAUAAAAUAGAAGAUGUUUGUAUAGCAUGGUCUAGUAUAUUUGUAAUCUUAGCAGAAAAAACAGGAAAUCAGACCCUAUAUGGUAUUGGAAACAACUGUGCAGAUGAAGUUAUGAAAAUAAUUGAUGCCAAACAUAUAGCAAUUUCUUCAGAUUAUCUAGUAUAUAACAACUGUAAUGGUGAAUUAAGAUUAGUCAAUUAUGGAGAAAAUAGGUCUGUUUUUCAAGACAAAUUGCUACCAAUAGAUAAAAGCAUGAAAGAAGAGAAUAUAAUAUCAAACAAUAUUGAACAGAUAAUAGGUGGUGAAAAUUGUUUCUAUCUUAUUGAUGAUUCUGGUACAUUACAGAGGAUGGAAUGGAAUAAAUUAAACCAAUGUCUAACAAUACCCCACAUUAUACCAUUGUCACAAACUGUAUCUCACAUAUCAUGUGGAAAAGAACAUAAUUUGUUAAUUACAAGUACUAACCAAGUAUUUUCGUGGGGUCUCAGCAGUAGAGGACAAUUAGGAAAUGGUGAUAUAGAAGAGAUUAAAUAUCCCAAGGCAGUUGAAGCUUUAGCUGGACUGAAUAUAAAACAAAUUUCUGCUGGUGGAUGGCAUUCAACUGCAGUUACAAACGAUGGAGAUCUAUAUGUAUGGGGAUGGAAUGAAAGUGGACAGCUUGGAUUACCAUGUCCAGCUUUACAAGGUCAAGAUAAAUCUACUGAUAGUGUUGCGAUACUUACUAUUCCUCAUUAUAUAGAAAUAGAUGAAACCAUCACCAAAGUUAGUUGUGGAUCAAGACAUACAUGUAUAUUGUUAGGUCAGUUGUAGUGAAUAUGAUUAUUUGUGACUAGGGUGAGACAGGAGAGAACAGCACUUUAUACAAUAUUAGGACAAAUAUAUAAUGGUUAAUAUUUUUAUUUCAAUUAUUGGAUUGCCCAGAUCUGUGGAGAAAAGUUUUACAUCCAGUGUCAUUUGUGAUUGUAUUUACAGAGAAUGGAAAUGUUAUGUCAUGUGGAUGGAACAAAUAUGGUCAGCUUGGAUUAGGAGAUGUGAAAUCUAAAGACAAUUUUUCAAAGGUUGAUUUCAGUUCUUGUACUCCUGGCAGGAUAGCAGAUAUAUUUAGUUCAAAUUGGAAUUCUGUAUUUUUAAUAAAGACGUAAUAAUA